AAAGCGAACACCCUCUUCACCAUGAGCACCAAACUGGUACUCUUCCUGUGCCUGGCGCUCUUCGGAGCCAUGGCUAUGUCCAAUCCCCUAGAGGAGAAUCUAGGGCAGAACUCGGAGGUGGAGAACAGCCAGGAGCUGAACAGCGUCGAGGAGAACGACGCCGAGGCGGAUCCAUCGACGUGGCGCAAGCUCUUCGGCAGCGAAGGCAGUGCGGGCAACCUGGUCGUCACCUUCCCCCAGACCACAUCUACCACCACCAAGAAGCCCAAGACUACCAAGCGGCCUUACUACCCGUACCCACCCAAGUACCCGCCCUACCCGCCUUAUCCUCACUACUCACCGUACCCGGCUCCGCCGUACCCCUACCCCGGCUACUAUCCACCACCCCCACCACCGUAUCCAUAUCCAUAUCCAUAUCCCGGACAUGGUGGACAUGGUGGACAUGGUGGACAUGGCGGACACGGCGGACAUGAUGGCGGACACGGCGGACAUGAUGGCGGACAUGAUGGCGGACACGGCGGACAUGAUGGCGGACACGGCGGACAUGAUGGCGGUCACGGAGGACAUCAUCACCACACGACGACCACCACCACAACGACCACCACCAAGAAGCCCAACCACCCACACUAUCCACCACCACCACCCUACUACCCGCCGUACCCAUACUACCCACCCCCACCACCACCACCACCACCUCCACCACCGAACAACGAUUCCGGUGAAUCCAUCGAGACUCCCACCAAGAUCUGCAAGAAGUUCUUCGGCAUUGGACUCGUCUGCACGUAGGCCAUAGAUCUUUACACCAACAUUUAAAAGCAGCUCAUUAUUUAUUUAUUUAUAAUUUAUUAAUCGAAUAAACAAUUGGCGAACA